AUGGAUCCCAAAAAAGAGGUUCCUGAAAAUAGAAAUGAACCUAUAUCCAUGCUAGAAAUCAUUAUCUUCAUAUUCUGCUGCACCACCACUUUUCUAGGAGCUAUUGGUUGCGCCUAUCUCCUUGAAAACUUCAAUAUGGAUCAGGAACUCCGUGAGGAACUUACCGUUUGCUACUAUUUCUGCUUAUUCGUGUUCUGCCAUGUCUUUUUCUUCCACACGGUUAUGAUAAUCUUUAAAGCGAUCCGUGAUAUUAUGUUCAGUCUGGAAGUUGAGGAUAUCUAUAGGAAGGACUUGAUUCUUCAAUCGGGGGCGGCUAUUUUUAAUGGAGCUGUGGCUAUUUUUAUGUUGGGAUUUGUAGACAUCGAUGCUGAGAUUAUGUACCUCUGCCAACACUUUUUCAUGCACAUCUCGUUUGACAUUUUUUGUGUUAUCUGCAUCAAUCUCAGAUGGCACAAAAUCGAAGACAUCUCUUACGUCAAAUCUGCAAUUCUGUCAAUCCUUCUUGGUAUCGCUACAUUCAAAAUUGUCACAAUGGACACCAUUUACACCAAACAAGAAGAAAUCAACUGUUUUGAUAAGAUGUUUUUGGCGACUUGCGUGUUCACCUGGUUCGCUGGUGUGGUGUUUUAUAUGGCAUGGACUGGAGAAGUAGUGAGACGAUUUGGUCAAUGCUACAGCGACGAAAAUGAGAAGAUCGAUGUGGAGUACGGUACCGAGGAGGAUGGUAUCGAGGAGGAGGAUGUGGAAGCUGUGAUCGAUUAA